UUUGAUUACAUUCAACAAAAACAAACACUAUGCAUAAAUGAUGUUUUUUUCUCCAUAUAAAUGCCUUCUCCUUUGUUCUGGACGUGAAAGGGUUAAGCAGAGGGGGCGCAGCAGCCUCGGCUCUUCUGGGUGGAGUGAAGUUUGGACAUCUACUACGACUAAUUAGCCGUGUGGAGGGCAUGACGAAGUGAAAACAGCAGAAAGAAGAAUAAAAACACCCAGAAAGCGAAGAGAGGAGCGCUGCGGCUGAGAUGAGUGACGUGAGUGAAGAAUCGCUGCUGGAUUAUUUUUACGCAGCGGGAGGAAAUUCGGGCAGAGUGAGAAACGCAGACAUGCUGAAGACAUUUAAGCCGUUUAUUGGCCACGCUGACCCGCAGCUACGGGCUAAAUACAGAGAGGAAUUCAAACUCGUCAUCGACCGCAUCGCUGUGGUCAAGUCAGAGAACGGUGAGAAGUACCUCAUUCUAAAGAAGAAGUACAGGCACCUCCUGCAGGAGAGGCAAAACAACCAUCGUGGGACAGACGGAGAGCAGCAGAACCAUCUGAGCCUGGCCAGAACGUCAGCCACUGCUCAUUGGGAGACAACGGACCCCCCGACCGCAUCCCCCCACCUGAAGGAACAGCAGGAUGAGCCCAUGGCUUGUGGAGAGCCUGAUGCAGAGUCCGAGUCGGAGCAUGACGAGGAGUGCACCGGCAGCGUGGGCUCCACCGCCGUCGCCUUGGAUCCCAUAGAGAAAGAGUGGAUCUAUUCGGCUGCCAGCGCCCGAGUGCCUGACCUCUUGCAGCUGCUAACACAGGACCCGUUGCUUGCAAAUAAAAAGGAUUUUACCUCGGUGAGUAUCACAGCUCUGCACUGGGCGGCCAAGCACGGUAACAAAGACAUGGCGGCUCUGGUGGCUGACGCUGGGGCUGAUGUCAACACUAAAUCAUAUCAUGUGUGGGGCAGCCAUGUUGGAUUUGGAGGCGGCAUGCGAUCCAGAAGAGGUGAAACCACAAAGGUUGUCUGGUCCAUGAUGAUGUCUGGCUGCUCAGCCGAUGUAGAGUCCCUACUAGAGCAUUUCUAUGCUAGACUGGACCCGGUGUUGGAUCACCUGAACUGUGCAGUCCCAGCACACCUGCAGCUGUUGACCAUUCUCAGGUUUCCUGCAAUUGGCUCGUUUGAGUUCGCCUUUUCUCAUUUUACUAAACACGGAUACACACCUCUGCAUAUCGCAGCCCUACAUGGUCACCUGCACAUUCUGGACCUGCUUGUGGGAACUUAUGGGGCUAAAGAAAACUUACGAGACUACAGCGGCCAUUUUCCCAGCCAUUAUCUGAGCAUCAAAGAGCCUGAAGGUCCAGGAGAAGACUUUGAGCUGCAGUUCCACGUCACUCAGGCCAGAGAGCGGAACAAGAACAGGAAGUUGGCUUCGUUGUUCCAGUCCAAGAAGAAGUGGGGUUCAGCAGAGGAGCUGGCUCCGAUCGAGGAGGAGAGGGUCGGCUCUCAUCAGCUCAGCGUUCCUGCUUUCAGACCCAGGAAGUUCUCUCGCUGACGAAGAUAACACUCACGUGGACCAACUUUUACUUUGUUUAUAUUAUGAGAACACACACACACACACACACACUUGAGCAGCUCAGGCAGCUUACAAGAACUCGGAGACAAACAUGGACGCUGAGUUGUAACACAGGUUUUUGUUAUUGAUUGUAUUUAUUCUGAAGCCGAUAGCAUUUCAUUGGUUGUUCUAAAUGCAGGUUCAGUUAAUUUUUAAUAGUUAAAAGUCACCAGAUAGAUGGAUUUAGUGUAAUGGCAAAAAAACAUCAAAAUGUUUCAGAAUAAAUGUCAUCUGGUCUGUUAUUGAUGCCUUUUAGAGCUUUUGAUGCCUCCAACAGCUCAGUUCUUCUAACUUCAUAACAGAAAUGUUAAUGUCCACGAGCUGAACUCUGGAGUUUAGGAGUAAAAAGGGCGCCGAUGGGGUGGAAGGGCUCUAAACAGCAGCCUGCUCCGGUGACCCGAGGUGAGCUUCAUGACCACUGGAGCACCGGCUCCUCUGGAGUCACAUGCACAAAAAUAGAAGAACCCAAAAUAGAAGCUUAUGUUUUGAUUUAAAAAAAAGUUUUAAUUAUUAUUGAACAUCACAUAUGAUCGUACCUUUGUCCAUGCGUCUGUCCUUCUCACAUCGUCCUUCGCCUCCUUUUGAAGCGUUGCUGCUUUGAUGGAGACGAUCACCAUAGAGGAUCAUUUUCAGGCUUUCUCAUUCGUAUUUGUUGUAUUUUAAUUUUGUUUGUUAUAUUUUAUUGUGCAUAUGAAGUCAAUUGUGAUUUUCAUCUUGAAAGGCGCCACACUAAAACAACCUCCUUCAUGCUGUCGACAGCAUGAGUCACCUUCCAUCAUCAGAGCGUCACUUUUCCUCAUAACAGCGCACACAUUAGACUACAGCAGGCUUUUCUGACUACAACAGCUGAGACUUAGGCCUGAUUCAUGCUUCUCCGUCAGCUCCGCAAGGGACAGACACGCACGGAUUGACGGAAGCGUUUUGCUCUCAUUCUUCUCCGUCUCCUGGGGAGUGUAGCCAAGCAAUUCCCCGCCAGGACAGCAGAGGGCGCAGCGCUGUUCUGUGGUAGCCUGUCAUGUAUCGGUCCAAGAUAGCGUGUUUAUAUUGUGUUUGUUGUUUAUAAGAGACUUUUUAACUCAGACAAAUUUGUCUCUCAUCCUCCUCCACCUCUUCAUGCGCUCCCCACCUCUUAACCCACGUUUCCUGUCAUUUCCAAAUAAAACGCUUGCUGCGCAUCUUUUCACUCCUCCAGUCACGGGGGGAAUUAAACGUUCAUAUUUUUAGAGUUUUUUUCGCGAGGUAUUCUUCAAGCUGCUCCGUGUCUGCCGCUAGUUAUCCUCGACUCUCUUUAUGUUUUUGAGGGCGCAAUGCUGGCAGUGUAGACGACAGCGGCGUCCUGACCAAUCACAAGCUUGUGUUCUCGUCUCGACGGACGGAUGUUUAGAAAAGAGAGCUCUACUCCGUCCGUCCUCGCGGGGCUCUGCAACAGGCCCGCGAGGACGGAUAAUGGCGUCGCGUGUCUCCGCACCGACGCAGACGGAGAAGCGUGAAUCAGGCUUUGGGCCUUCGUUUGGCCCGUGCCGCUCCUGGUCAACGCUCCGUCACGGUAAACGGGUGCGUUUUGAGGGCUGAUAUAUGAUGGUUCUAACCUCACGCAUGCGUUUUCUGGAAUGCAUCAGCACAAGGCUAAGUUUGUGUAACAGUGGGUAAACAAGGCCUCUGGGCCUUUUCUUUAGCUUUAGCCCCCCCCCCCCAAAAAAGUGGUGAUGUCAUGACAAAAGUUACAAUCCUAUUUCGAUAUUUAGACAAUAUUGCGAGACUCUUGUGAGUAAUGGAAGUGGGUUGUCAGACUUCCUCUCGCCUGCACCUCGGACUGAUUUUAGAAAAUAUAAUAAUUUUAAUUUGGAGUUUAAACAGAAAAGCUCUUCACAACCCUGUUCUAAUAAUAAUGCACGCAGGUAAUAUCACACUCGUUCUGAUUUCCUUUCUUUAUCAACAUUCUGAUCUUGUUUUUUAAAUUAUGUUCCAAAACUGGGAAUCUCACAUCUUUCUGGUAUAGUUUUCCGAGCGGCUCCGCGCGCCGCUGGAGCUUUGCUGAUGAAGCUACUGUCAGGUUUGUGAUCUAUAACUGAAAAACCACAGAUCUGCAUUCACGUCUGACUUUGUAAAUGUAAGAUAUCAGUUAUUUUUGUUUGCUCGGUUAAACUUUGUGGCCCCUGACCUGCUCACCUGCUGUACGUCAACACGCCCGCCGCCGUGCAAAAAUAAAAACAUGGAUCCUUUCUUGACGGAUUUUUAAAAUUUGCUUUGAAAACUUGUGUUGGAAUGUUGUUUAAUCCCUUUAGUUUAAUCUGAACGGCACAUAUAACUUUGUACAGUAUUUAUAUAAUGAUAUUUUUGGAGUUUGGACAUCUUUUUAAUAAAAAUUAAUAAAUGAA